UCAUAUUGAAAUCAAUUUAAACAGCUACAGGAGUGUCGAGCGAUAUGCGGGCAGUGUUUUUUCAGGGUCAAAUGCGGGGAAAGGAACGAAAUCCAAAUAAGGAAAAAGACGUCGCUAGCCAAUUUUAAACGUAACGAAACCAUUAACGCAAAACUUGGUAGUGUCUGAAAGAAUUCGAUUAUUUUAAAAUGUUGAUAUAAUUCAACGGAAGUCUAGAUUUGUCCUUUUGCUUUUGAACGUUGCGUUGAUUUCUUCCGCGGAAAACGAAACCUAAUGACCGAGAUCAAAACAAUGCCUUUUAUUAUUUAUUUGAUGAUUUGUCAUAACUCCCUACUAAUAUGGACUCAAUCUUUCGACACAAUAUAAGCCUUAAUAAGCAGAAGUAAUCAGAAAUCAGAUUAUCCUGAGCGAUUUUCAUGGACGUGAAUGGGAUGUAUACGGAGUGAUUCUCUUGGAUCUGUCCAAAAUAAAACGUCCAGGUCUGAGAACAUGUCUGCGCUGACAAACCCCACCAUUACAAAUCCUUUUGAGGCCUUAGCUUUAGAUCUCCACUGCCCAAUCUGCUUACAACUCUACUCGGAGCCCGUGUCUCUUCCCUGCGGUCACUUCUACUGCCACGGCUGCAUUCAAAUUCUCGGAGAAAGGCUUGACCAUCACCGCUGCCCUGAGUGCCAGGCAAGCUAUGAGGGGAGCCAAUCUGUGGUGACCUGCUCUAAAUUGUGCAGCAUUAUUAAGUCAUACAAAGCUUUUGUGGGUAAAGCCAAGCUUCCUCCAUGUGGUGCAGUUGUGGAUCAAUGCAAAAGAAAAUGCCACUUGGAGGCAACUAAACAGACCCCACUUAGUGGAGAAAAUCACUUUAAAUCCAAAGAGGUAUCUUUAACUAGGUUUCAACUGGCAUCACAGGCCACUGACCUGGCCCGCCAGUUGGAGUUGUCAGAGGAUAUGCUGAGGAAUGAGAAGGAGCAGGAGUUGGAGUUGACAGGCGCUAAUAAGCUGCUGAGAGAAAAGAUGGCAGAACAUUUAUGGCAGCUCAAUGAUGAGGUGCUGAAGUACAGGAUGGAGGUGAUGAAGAUGCUGGAUGAGGAGCUCUCUCCGGGCGAGACCAGUGUGAGCCACAGGGUUGGUCAGGCCGCCGGUAUGACCAAGCAGCUGAGACAAGUUCUGCUCAGAGCAGAGUCUCUCCUGACAGAGGGAGAUGAGGCCAUGUUUGCCAAAGACCUUCAGGACCUGCAACCACACAUUUCAGAGAUGAUGGGAAAAGCCAUUGGAGAAGCUGAGGAUUGCGUGGAAUCAAAAUUCAACACCCUUCAAGUCAUUUCAAAGUUGGAGCACAUGAACGGUGAGCUCAGGAAAAGUCUCGGUGCCAUUCAUCGCUCGAUUCGGAAUACUUUCAACCCGUCUGAGGUGACGUUUGACGUUGGGACAGCUCAUCCUAACCUCAUCGUCUCAGAGGACUUGAAGAGUGUGACGUUCAGCUCCGUCAAACAGCCGUACCCCCCUUCUCCCCAAAGAUUCACCAGCUUCUUCCAGGUCCUUAGCUCCCAGAGCUUCUCGGAAGGCGACCACUGCUGGGAGGUGGAGCUCGAUGGCUCUCCCUGGAUUGUGGGCUUGUGCUGCAGCGAGAAGCUGGAGCGGAGUGGGAUUUCUUCUGCAUUGGAAAGCAACCAAAGCUCCUGGUGCCUAAUGUGGUUCGACAACUUGCUGACCGCCUUCGAGCGGGGUCGCGACGUGCCGCUUAAGAGGACCACGGUGUCGUGCAGGAUCGAGAUCAGGCUGGGCUUCAGCAGCCGCACAUUAAGCUUCUACAACAUCAGCCCCACCAGCGGAAAGACACUCCUUAACAAAUUUGAAGCGAACUUGACUGAGCCUGUGCGCCUGGCUUAUAGAAUGAUGUCAGGGCACCCCAAAGCACGUGUCACCAUCAUUUCAUGAUACCUUUUGGGAGUGGCCCAUCUUGCAUUUGGUAUGUGGGUUUACCUGACAUAAUGCUCCAGUUAGUAUACCUAUUAUGUAGCAGUUCUAGAAACAGUGAAUAUUAUACAAAAAUGCAAUACAACUCCGACGUGAUGUAUCGCAGAGGAAAGCUGACAAUGGUGAAUUGUGGAGUAUAGGAAGAAUUGCAAAGACGUGAGCAAGAGCUAAAGGAGAUCCAGUAAAUGAAAUAAACAACAGUCAAGCAUGUCAUCUGGAGCAGUUUAAAACCUUCUGUAUUAAUCCAACAAUGUCAUAAAAACAAUAAUGAUUGAAAUCAUAUACAUUAUACUGAGUAAAAUUUGGCUGCAACAAGUUUUGGUCUGACCAAAUAGCGCACACAUUAAUUACUAUACAUCAGCCACCACGACUAAUUCUGAAGUGUCUGGGCUGAUAAUAUUGAUAUGGCAACGUAUAUAGGCUGAAAUCUGAUUGGGCAAGUUCUAAUGCCCACAUACACACACUUUAUAUAGCAUUGCAAGUGUCAAGACAAUUGCCUUAAAAUGAAGAGAGAAGACAGGUUAGAAUUUAGACUCUAAAUGUAGGUCAGUAUUUUUGCAGAGGUUAAGUCCAGUAGACAGGCCUUGCUGGCACUCGCAGCUCACCACUGCAUUUUAGAAAGAUACACUUAAUGGUGUUCUCAGGUCGAGAUGGCCUUAUCAAAAUGAAAUCUACAAUUAUACUAGAUUUUUCUUAGAAGAUUGACUACAUUUUCCCUUGAAACAAAAAUAUUCACUACAUACUCUGGACUAGCUACAAUAUAUCUUUAGGUACACUGCUGCUAUUCAAUCCAUCCAUUUUCCAAUGAGCUUGUCCUCAUUUGGGUUGCUGGUAAACUAGAGCAUAUCCCAGCUGACAUUGGAAGAAAGGCAAUGUACACAAACAAAUAUUAUACUUACAUUCAAACCCAUGUACAGCUUCUGAAGUGAAUUCUUCGUCAUGGGAUGCAGGAAUAAUACAAUCGCUUAAAGAUGCUAUAUUUUAGCUAUUUAGAUCUCUAGACAGUGAUUUUCUAACAAAGACUUCAUAUAAAGGUUUCACUUUCAUUCACUCAUUGCCAUAUGUCCAGAAAAGGCCUCUCUGACGGCUACGUCUGUUGACCCAGUUUUGUAUCCGCUUUGUCCAUAUUUGGCAAAGACCCACCUUUCCUCUGACUGGUUGCUUCCGUGUAGGAGGCCCACUUGUGAGAGGACACGUGAUUACUAUUUUGACACCGCUGGCUCGGGACCUGAGGGGUAGGUGGAGAUUUUUGCUAGUGACGUCGAUGAAGCUUCAGAAAUUCGAAUGACCUAAUUUUAGGUUUCCUGGCAGAAAAACCUCUGGAACUCGGGAAAGCGUGGACAAUUUUAAUUCAUAUUCCACUUUUAGUGAGGCACCAUAGCAACUAUAUUACAUCCCAUAUACUAGAAAAUGUUGGUGUGGCAAAAUUUGUCCCUCUUUAAUGGUAACAGAAGAGCAGCAAAUGACAAUCCCAAGUAAUGUUUGCUAUGAAUUAAGCAAGCACUAUUCACACCAGCAGCCCACUACCCGAGUAUUUAGAAGAUUUGCUUCACAGUUAGGGCUUUGGGGUUCAUAUUAAGAGUUUGCAUGUUCUAUCCACGCCUGCGUGGGUUUUCUCCGGCUACUGUGGCUUCCCCCCACAUUCCAAAAACAUGCAUGUUAGGUUAAAUGAAGACCAAGAAUGUACUGUAAGCGAGUGUAAAUGGUUAUGUGCCCGCUGAUUUUGGCUGGUGAGUACCCCCCACGUUACUCCUAGUCAGCUGUGACCUUCACAACAACAAGUAAAAUAGAACAUUGGAUGAUUGGGAGUAGAUAAUCUCACAAAAGCAAAGGUAAAAAUAAUUAAAAAAAAAAAAAAAAGCUAAAAAUAUGUGAGGUGCUUUCAACUCUGUGCAAUUUGUACCCAUGCACGCAUCUAUACACCUCUACACUGAUGCAAUGCAUAUAAAAGUAAGAAAAAUUAAUUGUGCUCCCUUUUGGUUGAUGCUGUCAGAAAGAUUCAUUUAAUGAUAUGCAGUUUUAGUGUGGUUGUAGUUUGCUGUGAUGUUAAACUGCAGAGCAUUCUACCUGUGUCUGGAUUUCUACACGUGUGUUGCUAAAUGAGAUCAUAAUGUAAUCGAAACAGCGCCCGGUGUGAUGAAUUGCAGUUCUGCACUAUAUCCUUGUAUUCAAUGAAAUAAAAUCACUGCUAAACAUUAUUGGUUCUUUGUGGAACAAUUUAAUUAUUGAAUCAUUUUAUUUUGCCUUUGUGUCUUGAAAAUAUUGUAUGAAAUAACCUGGGCAGUCUGCGCGUCUGUACUUAACACAAUAUACACAUUAUUGUGGGUUAAGUUUGCAAACGAUCUGGCGCUGCACUCUCUGUUUUUAAUAUUUUAAUGCAGAAAAAUAACA